ACAGUCGCUCUACACUUACUAUUCAACCACCGAGUGCUUUUGGCCAUGUUUGUUAAAAAAAACUAGUUACGAAUGACCACUACUUCUGUCGUUCAGAACGUAAACACUGUAACCGGAAGUCAAAAACCGGCUUCAGCUACGAAUCACGGGAAAGGUCAAAGUUCAGGAAAAUCGUGGAUAGCGUUUACGAGAUAACAUGGCAGUGGUGACAAAACAAGCUGUAGUCUAGGUGCAGAAAGAACAGGAGGAAAAGGACGUGUAUCCGCAUUUGACAGUGAUUUGUGCUGCAGGAUUCUUAGCAGCUUUGGUUUAAAGCCAAAUAUGAGCAUGGCAGGUCUCUGGAGGAGUUAUCAAGUGUUAAUGACCAAGCAUCCAUGGACUGUGCAGAUUAUAACAGCUGGCACUCUGGUAGGGGUGGGAGAUGUCAUUUCCCAACAACUUAUUGAGCGGCGUGGCUUGGCCAACCAUGGUAUAAGACGCACCAUGAAGAUGAUGACUAUCGGCUUCUUUUUUGUUGGGCCAGUCAUUGGUGGAUGGUACAGGGUACUUGACAGACUUGUAAUCAGGGAGACCAAAAGUUCUGCCCUAAAGAAAAUGCUGAUAGACCAGGUGGGCUUUGCUCCAUGUUUUCUUGGUCUUUUCCUAUCAAUCUCUGGAACUGUCAAUGGUCUUACUGUGAAAGAGAACGUAGCUAAGCUUAAAAUGGACUAUGUGAAUGCACUGAUCUCCAAUUACUAUUUGUGGCCUGCUGUUCAGAUUGCCAAUUUUUAUUUUAUUCCCCUUCAUUACAGAUUGGCUGUUGUCCAGAUUGUAGCUGUGGCGUGGAAUUCCUACCUCUCCUGGAAAGUCAAUAGAAUGGUUUAAAAUUCAUGUUUUAUAAUAAAUAGCCUCACUGGAAA